AUGGUCUUCGUGCACGCGCGCAAAGAGACGGUCAAGACCGCGCAGAAGCUGAAGGAGAUGGCGACCGAGGAGGGUGCGCUCGACGUCUUCGACACGAGAGACCAUCCGAAGUUCCAGCUCUACCGCCGAGACGUCGGCACGUCGCGUAACAAGGAGAUGAAGGAGCUGUUCGACUAUGGCUUCGGUAUCCACCACGCCGGUAUGCUUCGCUCAGACCGCAACAUGAUGGAGCGCAUGUUCGAGGACAACGCGAUCAAGGUACUCUGCUGUACCUCGACGCUCGCCUGGGGUGUGAAUUUGCCCGCACAUGCUGUCAUUAUCAAGGGCACGCAGGUGUACGACUCAAAUAAGGGUUCGUUCCAGGACCUCUCCGUUCUCGAUGUGCUGCAGAUCUUCGGUCGUGCCGGUCGUCCAGGAUACGAGACCUCCGGUGUCGGUUACAUCUGUACCACUCAGGACAAGCUCGACCACUACCUCUAUUCGAUCAUGUCUCAGCAGCCAAUCGAGUCCAAGUUCAUCCCCGGAUGUCCGAAAGGCAUCCGAAAGGGAGCACGGCAGACUGGAGGUGAUGCUGAGAAUAGCUCAUGGUGGCGUCAGGUCAGCGAAAGCGCUGGUGGUCAAUGGAGCAGCACAUGCCAUGCGCGCAUGACAUUGGCUAGCCCUUAUAAGAGUGGCAGACUCGCUCUACAAGUCCUCUAG